AGUAUCUGUCUCUCUUGCUCACAAUCACAUGCAUCAUAUUAUAUCUUCUCUACUCUUCCUCUUUCUUAAUUCUCUAAUUUCAAGCUCCCAAAAAAAAUGGAUAAAAAUCCAAACAACUCUCAAGAAAAUAAUGAAGUAAGGAAAGGUCCAUGGACCAUGGAAGAAGACUUAAUUCUCAUUAACUAUAUUGCUAAUCACGGCGAAGGUGUUUGGAACUCCUUAGCUCGAUCUGCUGGGCUAAAACGUACCGGAAAAAGUUGUAGACUUCGGUGGUUGAAUUAUUUAAGGCCGGAUGUUCGUCGUGGAAAUAUAACUGCUGAAGAAGAGUUGUUGAUCAUGGAGUUGCAUGCUAAAUGGGGUAACAGGUGGUCUAAGAUUGCAAAACAUCUACCAGGAAGAACAGAUAACGAAAUAAAGAAUUAUUGGAGAACAAGGAUUCAAAAGCAUUUGAAGCAAGUAGAGAGCAGCAGCACUAGUACUACUACUUCAAGACAAGAGACGACGAUGAGCUCCUCCGACAACCACCGCGAGCAAGCGUGUGCGGCGGCCAGCCACUUAUCCACUGCUUCGGCAUCUACACAACAACCGAACAAUAACUAUGUUUCGAAUCAACAACAAAAUACUCCGUACUUGCCAUCCAUGUCAGCUUCGUCGUCGUACCCCGUAGAUCACCAUCAACAUGCCAUGGAGGCCACAAGUUAUAAUAUUGUACCUCCUCAUCAAAUGCAUCCUGUUGUCACUACUACUGAUAAUUUUUGGGUCACUCCUGAUGAAGAUCUUUGGGCAAUGCAAUUAUUUAACGCCUAUAAUAAUUAAUUUAUUUAUUAAGUAUGGUUAUUAACGCGUACGUACUAAUUAAUUACGUACUAUUGUUAUUAAUCAUCAACCUUUAUGCAUGUAAUCUUAAUUAUAUAUAUAAUUCGUAUAUGAAAGUACAAUUAUGCAGUAGUAUUACCAUGCAAUGGAUUGGUAAUUUGGGUGGUUGAUAAAACUAUUUUGUAUCUAUUUCUCUAUCUAUACAUACAUAUACAUAUUUAUGGCA